AUGAAUUGUUUGGAAACGAUUUCUAGUAACUCCCACAAAAAGUAUAAGGCGGUAAACGAGCUGACGUAUCUCCUGAUAGUAAGCAAUCGCCGCCUGAAACACCAGAGGUGUUACAAGUGCGUUACCGCCCUUUGGAGGAUUAGAAAUAUGAGGAUUAUUGGGGAUACGGGGAUUGGAGAGUUUAGUUCACAGGCCUCCAGUUACCUCAGUCACACGACGAAACACAACGCAAGCGUUGCUUCACGUCGGUUUUCUGUGAGGCCGUGGUAUCACUCUCCCACAAUUGAGAUUUUUUUUAAGGGGGAAAUAUCAAUGAAUGACUGCUCCCGCCUAGGUGAGGCGGGAGGGAGUGUCAAACUCUUAAUGACUAAAAACUACACCUUUCCUUCUCCUGCACGUCGAGCCGGAGCCCCGGUUACCCGUUAG